GGACCGCGUCCGCAGAGCCGCGGCGAUGGCACCAGCCGGGGGCCCGCGGGCCGACAGGGGUAUUUUGGAACGUCUGGAGGGUGGGGAGGUUGUGAUUGGAGAUGGUAGCUUUCUCAUCACUCUAGAGAAGAGAGGCUAUGUGAAGGCCGGGCUCUGGACUCCAGAGGCUGUGGUGGAACAUCCGGAUGCAGUUCGUCAGCUUCACAUGGAAUUCUUGAGAGCCGGAUCAAAUGUCAUGCAGACUUUCACCUUUUCUGCCAGCGAGGACAAUAUGGAAGGCAAGUGGGAAGAUGUGAAUGCCGCUGCCUGUGACCUAGCCCGGGAGGUGGCGGGCAAGGGCAAUGCGUUGGUAGCAGGGAGCCUCUGCCAGACGUCUGUGUACAGACACCACGGGGAUGAAGCCAGAGUUAAAAAACUCUUCCGACUACAGCUGGAGGUUUUUGUCAGGAAAAAUGUGGACUUCUUGAUUGCAGAGUAUUUUGAGCACAUCGAAGAGGCUGUGUGGGCUGUGGAAGUCUUGAAAGAGACGGGUAAGCCUGUGGCAGCCACCAUGUGCAUAGGUCCAGAGGGAGACGUGCGUGGCGUGACACCAGGAGCAUGUGCUGUGAAGCUGGUGGAGGCAGGGGCUUCCAUUGUGGGCGUGAACUGCCGCUUUGGGCCCAGGGUCAGCCUGAAGACGGUGAGGCUCAUGAAAGAGGGCCUGGGGGCUGCAGGGCUGAAGGCUCACUUCAUGGUGCAGUCCCUGGGCUUCCACACGCCUGACUGCGGCAAGGGAGGGUUUGUGGACCUCCCGGAGUAUCCCUUUGGACUAGAGCCCAGAGUUGCCACCAGAUGGGAUAUUCAAAAGUACGCCAGGGAGGCCUACAACCUGGGGGUCAGGUACAUCGGCGGGUGCUGCGGAUUUGAGCCCUAUCACAUCAGGGCAAUUGCAGAGGAGCUGGCCCCAGAGAGGGGCUUUUUGCCUCCGGCUUCUGAAAAACACGGCAGCUGGGGCAGUGGUUUGGACAUGCAUACCAAACCCUGGAUCAGAGCCAGGACUCAAAGGGAAUAUUGGGAGAGCCUGCUGCCAGCUUCAGGCAGACCUUUCUGUCCUUCGCUGUCAAAGCCAGAUGCCUAAGCAGGAGUGAAAGACAACUUGAAGUGACGGAACAG